UCAAAAUCGCGACAUCAAUUGGAAACAAUUAUUGUUGCAGAUGAUUUGCUUGAUGAUACCAGCUCUCAAAGUUCUUCACACUCAGGAUCAUACUCCAACCUGAAUUAUGUUUACGGCGAUGAGCACAAAUCUCACAUGGGUCCUACAAGAAGAGACAAGCAUCCAAUUGCAGGAACCCACAGCUCAACUAGAUUUUGUCCUGAAGAAAGUUCUUAUGCUAGGCAGCAAGUUGUUAGCAAUGGCUACAGACAGGGUAGCCUUUUAUUGGAACCACAUGGAGCUUCUAGUUCCAGAAAUAGGAAGAUGGUUUUGGAUGAACGUAGAUUGACAAGGAACCGAUCGUUGGUAGACAUUCGCAGCCAGUUGCUGCACAGAUCGUUAGUUGAAGAGGUGAACAAACGACGCUUAUUCAAGACAGUGGGAGCUGUUGAAGACAUUGGAUUUCAAACGCCUUGUGAUAUUUCUGAACCGGGAUCACAAAAAGCUUCAAGGAAGAAGAAUCCAAAACCUUAGCUCUUGUAAAUAUUACCGGUCAAAAUACUUGGUGAUACCUACCGGCUAGAGGAACCGUGGCAGAUACAAUAAGGGAAA